AUGGGGGAUGACGUUGCCCCGUAUUUUAGGACGGAGCCGGGCCUGCCGCAGACUCACUUGGAAGGAAACCGCCUUGUUCUUACCUGCCUCGCUGAAGGGAGCUGGCCGUUGGAAUUCAAGUGGAUGCGUAACGACAGUGAGCUCACCGCCUACACCAGCGAAUACAAGUACAUCAUCCCGUCUUUACAGAGGCUCGAUGCUGGCUCUUACCGCUGCGUGGUGCGAAACAGAAUGGGAGCACUUCUGCAGAGAAAAUCGGAAGUCCAAGUCGCAUAUAUGGGAAACUUCGUGGACACAGACCAGAGGAGAACCGCGUCUGAAGGGCACGCGGCUGUUCUCAACCUGAUCCCCAUCCCCAGCUGCCCCAGACCCCAGGUGACUUGGUUCCGAGAAGGGCACAAGAUCAUUCCAAGCAACAGAAUAGCCAUCACGCUGGAGAACCAGCUGGUGAUCCUGGCUGCGGGGCCGGGCGACGCCGGUGCAUACUACGUCCAGGCCGUCAACGAGAGGAACGGGGAAAACAAGACGAGCCCCUUCAUCCAUCUGAGCAUAGCAAGGGAUGUGAGUGCUUCGGAAGCCACAGGCCCUGUUAUAGUGGUCCCUCCGGGCAACAGGAGCGUGGUGGCUGGAACCAGUGAUGUCACCUUGGAAUGCAUAGCCAAUGCCAGACCUGUGGAAGAGCUCAGCGUGUCCUGGAGGAGAAACGGCAUCCAGGUCACCAGCGGGCUACACAGCUUUGGGAGACACCUCACCAUCAGCAACCCGACGUCAGCCGACACCGGGAUGUACGUGUGCGAGGCAGCAAUGAGAGACGGCACCCGCGAGCCAGCCAGAGCCGCCGCCUUUCUCUCCAUCAUAGAGCCGCCCUAUUUUACCGCUGAGCCGGACAGUCGCAUUUUGGUUGAAGUUGAAGAGUCCGUGGACAUCGUGUGCCGAGCAAUGGGCGUCCCCCUGCCCACCGUCCAGUGGUUCAAGGACGCGGUCUCCAUCAGCAAGCUCCAGAACCCCCGGUACAAGGUGCUCUCGAGCGGAGGCCUGCGCAUCCGGAAGCUGCAGCCGGAAGACUCCGGCAUCUUCCAGUGCUUCGCCAGUAACGCAGGCGGGGAGGUUGAGACCCACACCUACCUGGAGGUCACCAAUAUCGCUCCGACGUUCACUCGGCGCCCUGUGGACACCACAGUGACAGAUGGGAUGACAGCCGUCCUCACGUGUGCAGUGUCUGGGGCUCCCAGACCUGCCCUUGUGUGGAAAAGAGGGACCCAGAUUCUGGCCAGCGGCUCCGUUCAGAUUCCUAGGUUCACGCUUCUGGAGUCCGGGGGCCUGCAGAUCUCCCCUGUCUACAUCCAGGACGCUGGCAACUACACCUGCUAUGCCACCAACACAGAGGGCUCGCUGGACGCCUCUGCCGUGCUCACCGUGUGGAAUCGCACGUUCAUCGCUCGCCCUCCAGAGGACGGGGUGGUGAUUAAGGGGACCACUGCCACACUGCACUGCGGAGCCACGCACGACCCACGGAUCUCCAUCCGCUACGUUUGGAAGAAGGACAACGUGAUGAUCAACCCUUCUAGCAGUUCCAGAAUUGUGGUGGAGAAAGACGGGUCACUCCUCAUCAGUCAGACGUGGUCAGGAGACAUUGGUGACUACACCUGCGAAAUCAUUUCUCAAGGAGGGAAUGACUCCCGGACGGCCCGGCUGGAAGUCAUUGAGCUGCCUCACCCACCGCAGAACCUCCUGGCCAGCCUGGACACCUCCCGCAGCCACUCCGUGACGCUGUCUUGGGUGCGACCCUUCGACGGAAACAGCCCUGUGCUGUAUUAUAUCGUGGAAGUCUCGGAAAACAACUCUCCGUGGAAGGUACACCUGUCGAAUGUUGGCCCUGAAAUGACAGGAGUCACUGUGAGAGGCCUGACGCCUGCUCGCACCUACCAGUUCCGGGUGUGCGCCGUGAACCAAGUGGGCAAGGGCCAGUACAGCACAGAGACGGGCAGGUUGAUGUUGCCCGAGGAGCCACCCAGUGCUCCCCCGAAAAAUAUAGUGGCCAGCGGGCGUACCAACCAGUCCAUCAUGGUGCAGUGGCAGCCACCCCCGGAAUCUGAGCACAACGGGGCCCUGCGUGGGUACAUCCUGAGGUACCGCCUGGCCGGCCUGCCCGGGGAGUACCAGCAGAGGAACAUCAGCGGUGCGGAGGUGAACUACUGCCUGGUGAGAGGGCUCAUCGUCUGGACACAGUACGAACUGCAGGUGGCCGCUUACAACGCGGCCGGCCUGGGCGUGUUCAGCAGGGCUGUGACCGAGUACACGCUGCAGGGAGUCCCCACCGCACCCCCUCAGAACGUGCAGACGGAAGCAGUGAACUCCACGACGGUCCAGUUCCUGUGGAACCCUCCACCUCAGCAGUUUAUCAACGGCAUCAACCAGGGAUACAAGCUUCUAGCCUGGCCAGUGGAUGUCCCCGAGGCUCUCACUGUCGUCACCAUCGCUCCAGAUUUCCACGGUGUCCACCACGGGUACAUCACCAACCUGAAGAAGUUCACUGCGUACUUCACAUCCGUCUUGUGUUUCACCACACCGGGGGAUGGGCCUUCAAGUACACCCCAGCUCGUCUGGACGCACGAGGACCGACCGGGGGCUGUGGGGCACCUGAGUGUCACAGAGAUCCUGGACACGUCUCUGAAGGUCAGCUGGCAGGAGCCCCUGGAGAAGAACGGUGUCAUCACAGGCUAUCAGAUCUCCUGGGAGGUGUAUGGGAAGAAUGACUCCCGCCUCACACACACCCUGAACAGCACGACCCAUGAGUACAAAAUCAAAGGACUGUCAUCGCUCACCACCUACACCAUCGAAGUGGUGGCUGUCACUGCAGUGGGCACUGGGCCAGCCACCUCAUCCACCAUCUCCUCCGGCGUCCCCCCAGAGCUCCCUGGCGCCCCAUCCAACCUGGUCAUUUCCAACAUCAGUCCGCGCUCGGCCACGCUCCAGUUCCGACCCGGCUACGACGGGAAGACUUCCAUCUCCAGGUGGAUCGUGGAGGGACAGGUGGGGGCCAUUGGCGACGAGGAGGAGUGGGUCAGCCUGUAUGAGGAGGAGAAGGAGUCUGACGCCCAGAUGCUGGAGAUCCCAAACCUCACACCCUACACUCACUACAGAUUUCGGAUGAGGCAAGUGAACGUUGUGGGCUCCAGCCCUUUCAGCCCGUGUUCCAGGGUCAUCCAGACCCUGCAGGCCCCACCCGACGUGGCUCCCAGCAGCGUCACCGUGCGCACCGCGAGCGAGACCAGCCUGUGGCUGCGCUGGGUGCCCCUGCCCGACUCCCAGUACAACGGGAACCCCGAGUCGGUGGGCUACAGGGUCAGGUACUGGCGCUCAGACCAACAGGCUCCGGUGCUGGCCCAGGUCAUCACCGACCGGCUGGAGAGGGAGUUCACCGUUGAGGAGCUGGAGGAGUGGACGGAGUACGAGCUGCAGAUGCAGGCCUUCAACGCCAUCGGGGCCGGGCCCUGGAGCGAGCUGGUGCGGGGCCGCACGCGGGAGUCAGUUCCUUCCGCCGCCCCCAGGAACGUGUCGGCCGAGGCGGUCAGCUCCACCCAGAUCCUCCUCACCUGGGCUUCGGUGCCUGCUCAGGACCAGAACGGGCUCAUCCUGGGCUACAAGGUUCUCUUCCGGGCCAAGGACUUGGACCUCGAGCCCAGGACCCACGUCGUGCGGGGGAACCACACGCAGUCUGCCCUGCUGGCGGGCUUACGCAAGUUCGUGGUCUAUGAGCUCCAGGUGCUGGCCUUCACCCGCAUCGGGAACGGGGUGCCCAGCCUGCCACUCAUCCUGGAGCGCACCAAGGACGACGCCCCAGGCCCACCUGUGAGACUGGUCUUCCCGGAAGUGAGGCUGACGUCCGUGCAGAUCGUGUGGCAGCCCCCGGAGGAACCCAACGGCGUCAUCCUGGGCUACCAGAUCGCCUACCGCCUGGCCACCAGCAGCCCCAACACCUUCACCACAGUGGAGGUUGGCGCCACUGUGAGGCAGUUCACGGCCACCGAGCUGGCCCCCGAGUCAGCCUACAUCUUCCGGCUGUCGGCCAAGACGAGGCAAGGCUGGGGAGGACCUCUGGAGGCCACUGUCAUCACAACUGAGAAGAGAGAGCGGCCAGCGCCCCCCCAAGAGCUCCUGGUGCCGCAGUCGGAGGUGACUGCCCGCAGCCUCAGGCUCCAGUGGACGCCGGGCAGUGACGGCGCCUCCCCCAUCCGGUACUUCACCGUGCAGGUUCGGGAGCAGCCCGCAGGAGGAUGGCAGACCUACUCCUCAUCUGUCAGCCAUGAGGCCACCGCCUGCGUGGUUGAAAGGCUGAGGCCCUUCACCUCCUACAAGCUGCGCCUAAAAGCCACCAACGACAUCGGGGACAGCGACUUCAGCGCAGAGACAGAGGCAGUGACCACGCUGCAGGACGCCCCAGGAGAACCUCCCAGCCUCAUCUCAGUGACGCCGCACACCACGUCCUCCGUCCUGGUCCACUGGCAGCCCCCUCGGGACGAGAGCCUGAACGGCCUCCUCGUGGGGUACCGGAUCUACUACCGGGAGCUGGAGUACGAGGCUGGGCCUGGCGCCGAGGCCAAGGCAGUGAAAAACCCGUCGGCCUUGAGGGCUGAGCUCACAGCCCACAGCAGCUUCAAGACAGUGAACAGCAGCUCCACGGUCACCACGUACGAAUUAACGCAUCUGAAGAAAUACAGGCGUUAUGAGGUGAUCCUGACUGCCUACAACAUCAUUGGGGAGAGCCCCGCCAGUGCCCCCGUGGAGGUCUUCGUGGGUGAAGCCGCGCCGGCAAUGCCCCCCCAGAGCGUGCGGGUGAGCCCCCUCACCGCCAGCCAGCUGGAGGUCACGUGGGAGCCACCGCCCCCCGAGAGCCAGAACGGCAACAUUCAAGGCUACAAGGUCUAUUACUGGGAGGCUGACAGCCAGAACGAGACGGAAAAGAUGAGGGUCCUAUUCCUCCCAGAGACGGGGCUCAAACUCAAGAACCUAACGAGCCACACCAAGUACCUGGUCAGCAUAUCAGCCUUCAACGCCGCCGGGGACGGGCCGACGAGCGCGCCGCGGCCGGGGCGGACGCAUCAGGCGGCUCCUGGUGCCCCCAGCUGCCUGAUGUUCUCGGAAGUCACCUCCACCACACUCAACGUGUCCUGGGGCGAGCCCGCGGCAGCCAACGGCGUCCUGCAGGGCUACCGGGUGGUGUACGAGCCCCUCGCACCCGUGCAAGGGGUGAGCAAGGUGGUGACCGUGGACAUUAAAGGGAAUUGGCAGCGCUGGCUGAAGGUGCGGGACCUCACCAAAGGCGUCACCUACUUCUUCCGGGUCCAAGCGCGCACCAUCGCCUACGGACCCGAGAUCCAGGCCAAUGUCACGGCGGGGCCCGCGGAGGGCUCCCCGGACUCCCCCAGAGAUGUCCUGGUCACCAAAUCCACCUCCGAGCUGACCCUGCAGUGGACGGAGGGAAACUCCGGCAGGACACCCACCACAGGCUACAUCAUAGAGGCCAGGCCGUCAGAUGAAGGCUUGUGGGACAUGUUUGUGAAGAACAUUCCUCGGAGCGCCACGUCCCACACCAUCCGCCUGGACGCGCUCAGGCACGGCGUGUCCUACGAGUUCCGUGUGGUGGCUGUCAACGCCGUGGGCUACGGGGAACCCAGCAGCCCCACCAUGGCCGUGUCAGCGCAAGUGGAGGCCCCGUUCUACAUGGAGUGGUGGUUCCUCCUGGUGGUGGCGCUGUCCAGCCUGAUAGUCAUCCUGCUGGUGGUCUUUGCCCUGGUUCUGCACGGACAGAAGAAGAAGUAUAAGAACUGCAGCACAGGUAAGAACCUCUCCAACAUGGAGGAGCCCGUGACCCUGGACAACGGUGGGUUCGCUGCUCUGGAGCUCAACAGCCGCCACCUGACCAUGAAGGGCACCUUCUCCAAGAAGAACGGGACCAGGUCCCCUCCCCGGCCCAGCCCGGGCGGCCUGCAUUACUCAGAUGAGGACAUCUGCAACAAGUACAACGGAGCUGCGCUGACCGAGAGCGUGAACCUCAGGGAGAAGUCCGUGGACGCGUCCGGGUCGGAGGCCACCGACUCGGACUACGAGGACGGGCCGCCCAGGCACUCCUUCGUCAACCACUACAUGAGCGACCCCACCUACUACAACUCGUGGAAGCGCCGGCCCCCGGGCGCCAAGGCCCCGGCGCCCUACCGCUACGAGGAGUGCGCGGUGGGCGCGCCUGCGCCGCGCCUGCAGCCCGUGGUCACCACGCAGAGCUCGGGCGGCGUGUACGCGCCCGCGGGCCCGCAGCCCGGCGCACGAGCGCCCCUCACCGGCUUCUCCUCGUUCGUGUGA